UGUCAGGACCCUCACUCAGCAACAUGUCGGCAGAACCAGAGUCCUCCGAGGGGCUGGAUGAGUCGGAGAAAGAGAGUCCCGGGACCCUGGAGAUGCAGAGCCCUGCCAGAAUAUCUGACCUCUCAGAACUCCUGAAGGAAGGGACCAAGGAAGCACAUGACCGGGCAGAAAACACCCGGUUUGUUAAAGACUUCCUGAAAGGCAACAUCAAGAAGGAGCUCUUUAAGCUGGCCACCACUGCACUUUAUUUUACGUACUCGGCCCUUGAAGAGGAAAUGGACCGCAACAAGGACCACCCGGCCUUCGCCCCCUUGUACUUCCCCAUGGAGCUGCAUCGAAAGGAGGCGCUGACCAAGGACAUGGAGUACUUCUUUGGUGAGAACUGGGAGGAGCAAGUCCAGUGCUCCGAGGCCACCCACAAGUACGUGGAUCGGAUCCACUACGUGGGGCAGCGUGAGCCGGAGCUUCUGGUGGCCCAUGCCUACACCCGCUACAUGGGGGACCUCUCAGGGGGCCAGGUGCUGAAGAAGGUGGCCCAGCGGGCUCUGAAACUCCCCAGCACAGGGGAAGGGACCCAGUUCUACUUGUUUGAGAACGUGGACAAUGCCCAGCAGUUCAAGCAGUUGUAUCGGGCCAGGAUGAAUGCCCUGGACCUGAACCUGAAGACCAAAGAGAGGAUCGUGGAGGAGGCUAACAAGGCCUUUGAGUACAAUAUGCAGAUAUUCAAUGAACUGGACCAGGCUGGCUCCACGCUGGCCAAAGAGACUGUGGAAGAUGGGCUUCCCGUGCACGAUGGGAAAGGAGACAUUCGCAAAUGCCCAUACUACACUGCUCAGCAGGACAAAGGCGCCCUGGUGGGCAGCAGCUGCCCCUUCCAAACAGCCAUGGCUGCGCUGAGGAUGCCCAGCCUCCAGCUCGUUCUUGCUGCCACCAUGGCCCUGGCUGCAGGACUAUUGGCCUGGUACUACCUGUGAAGGACCCUGCCCCGUCACACUGGUGCC